AGAAUAAUAGUUUUAAAUACAAAUAAUUAGAGGGAUCGGGAAUUAAGCCCAUGUUUUGAGAAGGCGGAGGCGUUGUUUGCAGAAACUUUAGAACAACGUGGAAUUCUUUCUGAGAUAAAUGGCGAUCAAAGAUACGUUUUACAUAUCGCAUGGCUCCCCAACGCUGUCGAUAGACGAGUCGUUGCCGGCGAGGCAUUUCCUGAAAUCAUGGAAGGAGAAAUUCCUUACCCAAAAACCCAAAUCCAUCCUCGUCGUUUCCGGCCACUGGGAGACUUCUGUUCCCACCGUCAACAUCGUUCAUCGCAACGAAACCAUCCACGACUUCUAUGGCUUCCCCAAGGAAAUGUACCAGUUAAAGUAUCCAGCACCGGGAGCUCCAGAUUUGGCAAAGAAAGUGAAGGAAUUACUGUUGACAUCUGGUUUUGAGCAUGUUGGUGAAGAUGGGAAACGUGGGCUUGACCAUGGUGCAUGGGUUCCACUCAUGCUGAUGUAUCCAGAAGCUGAUAUUCCUGUUUGCCAGCUCUCCGUUAUGCCAGAGAAGGAUGGCACUUAUCAUUACAACUUGGGAAAGGCAUUGGCCCCUCUCAAAGAGGAAGGUGUCCUUAUCAUUGGUUCAGGAAGCGCCACUCACAACUUGAGGGCUCUCAAGCAGGAUGCCGGUGAUGGUUCAGUUGUUCCUUGGGCUCUGGCAUUUGAUACUUGGCUUAAAGAUGCACUCCUUGAAGGAAGGCAUGAAGAUGUGAAUCGCUAUGAAGAAAAGGCACCAUAUGCAAAGAUGGCACACCCUUGGCCAGAGCACUUCUACCCAUUGCAUGUGGCUUUGGGGGCUGCUAGUGAAGAUGCAAAGGGCAAGCUUAUCCACCAUAGCUGGAGCCUUGGUUCCCUUUCUUAUGCAUCUUAUCAAUUUACUGCUGCCAGCUGAAUUUCAAUUGCAAAAACAUUUUCUUAUUGUCUGUGCUAGCUGUACAAUAUGUUUACUUUGAAAUACCAUUAUAUACAAUAAAAGGAUCAGUGCUGAUGUUCCUGUGCAUGUAAACUAUGUUUGAAAACGAUUAAUUUAGACAUUUUUGUUAAAAUCAAGUUGUGUUAUUGUGUCCUAAGAACAAACUGAUGUCCCUAUAAAUCAUAUAUUCAUGU